GUUAGAUCGUGCGGAAAGCAGCCGCGGGGCCGCCGCCCGCAGCACCAGACGCUCCGGCGCCAGGACAGAGGACCUUCUGCAUCACCUCUCACUGCGCCUCCACCCGUUCAGCAAGAUGUCUGUGAAGGAAGGCGCGCAGCGCAAGUGGGCGGCGCUGAAGGAGAAGCUGGGGUCUCCGGAGUCUGACCCCACGGAGGCCAACCUGGAGAGCGCAGAGCCUGAGCUGUGCAUCCGGCUGCUGCAGAUGCCCUCCGUGGUCAACUACUCGGGCCUGCGCAAGCGCCUGGAGAGCAGUGAUGGCGGCUGGAUGGUGCAGUUCCUGGAGCAGAGCGGCCUGGACCUGCUGCUGGAGGCUCUGGCGCGGCUGUCAGGGCGUGGUGUGGCCCGCAUUGCGGACGCCCUGCUGCAGCUCACCUGCAUCAGCUGUGUGCGUGCAGUCAUGAACUCACAGCAGGGCAUCGAGUACAUCCUCAGCAACCAGGGUUAUGUGCGCCAGCUCUCCCAGGCUUUGGAUACAUCCAAUGUGAUGGUCAAGAAGCAGGUGUUUGAGCUGCUGGCUGCUCUGUGCAUCUAUUCACCUGAGGGCCAUGCACUGACCCUGGAUGCCCUGGACCAUUACAAGACGGUGUGCAGCCAGCAGUACCGCUUCAGCGUCAUCAUGAACGAGCUCUCAGACAGUGACAACGUACCCUAUGUGGUUACCCUACUCAGCGUGAUCAACGCCAUCAUUCUGGGUCCUGAGGAUCUCCGCACUCGUGCGCAGCUGCGGAGCGAGCUCAUUGGGCUCCAGCUGCUGGAUAUUCUGACCCGGCUACGAGAUCUAGAGGAUGCUGAUCUGCUGAUCCAGCUGGAAGCCUUCGAAGAGGCCAAAGCGGAGGAUGAGGAGGAAUUGCAGCGUGUUUGUGAUGGUAUCAACAUGAACAGCCACCAGGAAGUCUUUGCCUCCCUGUUCCACAAGGUGAGCUGUUCCCCAGCAUCAGCCCAGCUGCUGUCAGUACUGCAGGGCCUCAUGCACCUGGAGCCCGCUGGCCGCUCGGGCCAGCUGCUCUGGGAGGCCCUGGAGAACCUGGUGAACCGGGCUGUGCUCCUGGCCAGCGAUGCCCAGGCUUGCACCCUGGAGGAGGUAGUUGAGCGACUGCUGUCCAUCAAAGGGCGGCCCCGACCAAGCCCCCUGGACAAGGCCCACAAGAGUGUCCAGGCCGACCUAGGCCAGAACCAGAACAGCUCCUCCCAAGACACUGCUACUCCCACAGCUAAGGUGGAAGGCCGGCAGCCCGUAGUGGCUCCUACCUGCCAACAUGCGGGCAGCACCCAGACCUCCAGUGAUGACCUAGCUCCGCAGCCAAUAGCCCUUCAACAGGCAGCCUCACCUCUACCUACCCCACUGCUCUCCAGCUCCACCCCUGUGCUCCCCCCACCCCCACCCCCACCCCCCCUGCCAGGCCCAGGGGCCAUAUCUCUUCUCCCAGCACCCCCAGCACCCCCUCCACCCCCACCCUUGCCACCCCCCUUGCCAGCCUCAGGGACCAUAUCUACUCCUCUGCCCCCACCCCCACCUCCCCUGCCAGGCUCAAAGGCCACAUCUCCCCCAGCACCUCCGCCACCUCCACCUCUGUCUGACGCCUGGAGGACCCUGUCCCCACCCCCACCCCCACUCCCUGGCAUGGGGUGCCCACCUCUUCCCCCUCCCCCUCCCCCACUGCCUGGAACAGGCGGCGGGAUCCCUCCCCCACCUCCUCCCCUGCCUGGUUCCUCUGUCCCGUCCAUGGUGGGUGCUGUGGAGGAGGUCAUUGUGGCUCAGGUGGACCACAGCCUGGGCUCAGCCUGGGUCCCCAAUCACCGAAGGGUGAACCCGCCCACACUGCGUAUGAAGAAGCUGAACUGGCAGAAGCUGCCAUCCAAUGUGGCACGAGAGCGUAACUCCAUGUGGGCAACACUGAGCAGCCCCUGCACAAAGGUGGUGGAACCUGACUUCUCCAGUAUAGAACAGCUGUUCUCCUUCCCCACGGCGAAGCCCAAGGAGCCCUCUGCUGCCCCCAUCAGGAAGGAACCCAAAGAGGUCACUUUUCUGGACUCCAAAAAGAGCCUGAACCUCAACAUCUUCCUGAAGCAAUUUAAAUGCUCCAAUGAGGAAGUCACCACCAUGAUCCGGGCUGGAGACACAACCAAGUUUGAUGUAGAGAUUCUCAAACAGCUCCUAAAGCUCCUUCCAGAAAAACAUGAGAUUGAGAACCUGCGGGCAUUCACUGAGGAGCGGGCCAAACUGGCCAGUGCUGACCAGUUCUACGUUCUCCUUCUGGACAUUCCCUGCUACCAGCUGCGGGUGGAGUGCAUGAUGCUAUGUGAGGGCACGGCCAUCGUCCUGGACAUGGUGCGGCCCAAGGCCCAGCUGGUGCUCGCCGCCUGCGAGAGCCUGCUCACCAGCCCGCGGCUGCCCGUCUUCUGCCAGCUGAUCCUCAAGAUCGGGAACUUCCUCAAUUAUGGCAGCCACACAGGAAACGCAGACGGUUUUAAGAUCAGCACAUUGCUGAAGCUCACAGAGACCAAGUCCCAACAGAGUCGCGUGACGCUGCUACACCAUGUGCUUGAGGAAGUGGAGAAAAGCCACCCAGACCUCCUCCAGCUGCCACGGGACCUGGAACCACCCUCUCAAGCUGCAGGAAUCAACUUGGAGAUCAUCCGCUCAGAGGCCAGUGCCAACCUGAAGAAGCUUCUGGAAACAGAGCGGAAGGUGUCCACGUCAGUCCCUGAGGUGCAAAAGCAGUAUGCUGAGCGCCUCCAGGCCAGCAUUGAGGCCUCUCGGGCACUGGACAAGGUGUUUGAGGACAUUGAGCAGAAGAAGCUGGAGCUGGCUGACUACCUGUGCGAAGACCCCCAGCAGCUGUCUCUAGAGGACACGUUCAGCACCAUGAAGACCUUCCGAGACCUCUUCACCCGUGCCCUGAAGGAGAACAAGGACCGGAAGGAGCAGAUGGCGAAGGCCGAGAAGAGAAAGCAGCAGUUGGCAGAGGAGGAGGCACGGAGGCCGAGGGGCGAGGACGGGAAGCCUGUCCGGAAGGGGCCUGGGAAACAAGAGGAGGUGUGUGUCAUCGAUGCCCUGCUGGCCGACAUCAGGAAGGGCUUCCAGCUACGGAAGACCGCCCGGGGCCGAGGGGACACCGAGGCAGGCAGCAGAGUGGCUCCAGCAGAUCCUCCAAAGGCCGCAGAGCCUGCAGCUGCCACCAGCCCUAUACAAGCCACAGACCACCCUGCCUCAGAGCCAAGCUUGGAUACUUCAGCAGCUGGCGAGCCACAGGGCUGGGACCUUGUGGACGCUGUAACCCCCAGCCCCCAGCCCUCCCAGGAGGAAGGUGGUCCCCCAGCCCUGGAGAGGCGUUCUUCCUGGUAUGUGGAUGCCAGUGACUUCCUGGUCCCUGAAGAUGCCCUGAAUGCCCAGCCCUCUGAGGGGGUCUGGCCAGUGACUCUGGGAGAUGACCAGGCCUUGAAGCCUCUCGAGUUCUCGAGCAAUAAGCCUCCUGGAGUCGCGAGCUCACACCAGGAUGCUAUGGAUCCUGAAGCCUUGUGGGGUGUCCACCAAGCCAAGGCUGACGGCACAAGAGAGGGACCAGAGGAUACAGCUGAGCGCGGCCACAGCACCCACCUCCCCUGCACAGGCCCAGGAGAGGAUGAGGAUGAGGAUGACACAGCCCCAGAAUCCGCACUUGACACGUCCCUGGACAGGUCCUUUUCUGAGGAUGCAGUGACAGAUUCCUCGGGGUCUGGCACCCUCCCCAGGGUCCGAGGCCGGGUCUCAAAGGGGACGAGCAAGCGAAGGAAGAAACGCCCCUCAAGGAACCAAGAAGGGCCUGGGACCUCUCCCUGCCAUCCAGCUGGUCCCUCCCCUAUCCCUGCGGGUACUACAGGCUCAAACAGCGUCCAGGAGAGAGGAGUUUGCCCCUGAUUCUGAUGAUAAUAAAACAAAAAGGCUGUGUGUGAUCCAGUGAGGCCUCAGGUCCAGGCCCAAAGCUAAAUGAGUGCCCUCAACGGCUCAGCACAGCAGCAGGUGCUGGAUGUGCUGCCUGGAGAGGCUCUUCGGGACCAGGCUGGGACUGGGCCCCCGAGAAACCGAAACUCCGUGCCUUACCCAGCCAGGAUCCUUGGAAGCCUUGGCCAUUGAUGUUAGGACCUGGCCUGGCAUCACCCUGGACCACCUGCACGCUUAUAACCUCCCAAUCUGCUUUGCAAACCACUACCCACCCCUAUCGCAUGCACCACGGGGGUGGGAGGGAGCCUCCCGUCUGGCUCUAGGGAGAUGGGUGCAGACACCUGCAAUGGGCAGCAGCAUCCCCAGCCUGCCUCCAGGGCUCAGUUGAUUUUUACCUGAGUACUGUUUGCUGCAUCUUCAUUCUGCUGUGGCUGAGUUGGGGAUAGUGAGGGAGGCUUGCUGGCAGUACUGGGGUGGGACCUAGCUGGUAGGCCCCAGGGAACAAGGCAAGCUGAAUAAUGGAUGGUGACCACAGCAGCUGCCAUCUCCCUCGGUGUCUGCCCAGCAAGGAACAGGCUGCCCCUGCUCAGCCCCUUUGCCCCCACUCCCAGGUAUGCACUGUUGAGUCUGGAGUCCAGCAGGGAUUUUAACCAAUAAAGAGUAACCUUGUCUGCCA